UUCCAGUUUUAGUCAAAAAAUGAUGGGCGACAAAAUGGAUCAGUCCACUGAGAUGACCAGCCAGACGGACAUUGACCCUGCCGUCGUCCGCUCGGCCAAUAUCAAACAGACGGAGGAUCUCGCAUUCAACGAGCGGCACCUAAUAUAUGACAUAGCACCCAAGACGCGCGAGGAGUUGUCUGGCCAUUUCCAGCGUAGUUUUGCCUAUUUUACGAUUAAGCACCGCUCGCGAAUGAUGGUGGCGGAGAUGGUUAGUUUCCUACUCGAUAACGAGCCGAAGAUAAUGGAGAUCUCUGGAGCCUAUGCACACUUUGAUCUAAAAAGGAUUUCGUGGAGCCUGCAGCUGCUGCGCGAUGAGAUGCAGGAAAACCACGAGUUUAAGGUGUUCCACGGCAAGGCCCCAGAUUCAGAGGACUGGAAUCAGUUUAUAAGCAGUCUUAAUGAGGAUAGGAAUCGUUGGUUUUCCUCCGUCUGGCUGCACGCUGAAUGUUAUAUGUAUCGCCGCAUUUGGGCCAUUUUCCGGCGUUCAGACACUCUCUCCAGCUACGACUACUUUUCCCAGAAAAAGAUUGAUGCCACUACAAGUGUCGUUCAACUAAUGGCAAACGUUAUCACGGGCAUGCGGGGAGUGCAGCGCUCUCAGCAGAACUUCCAGCGCAUGUUGAAACUGGCGCUGUGGAGCAACCGCUGCGACCUUUCCAUAAACAAAGAGGCUCCAAAUGAAGAGUUUCUGACGCUGAUGGCUGACUACGAGUCUGAUCUGCUGGUGGAUGAGUCUGCGGAUAUCUGGCGUGUACUUACCGAAGCCUGGGAUCCCGUCUAUGUGGACAUUGUGUGCGAUAACGCUGGCUUCGAACUCUUCACCGACCUGCUGCUGGCCGAGUACCUCAUCGACGCGGGUCUGGCUUGCAAAGUGCGUUUCCAUGUCAAGGCCAUUCCUUGGUUCAUCUCCGACGUCACCAAGCAGGACUUUCUCUGGAUGCUGAACUUCCUUCGCCGACACGAGAUUGCCGAAAUAGCCUCAUUCGGACGUCGACUGCGCCGCUUCAUGCGGAAUCGUUCGAUCAUCUUGUGCGACACCUGCUACUUCUGGACCAGCCCCCAUGACUGCAGCCAGAUGAAGAAGCGCCUGCCCUGCCUGUAUGUCUCUCUCAGCGAGGCAGCGCUUGUCAUCUUCAAGGGGGACCUCAACUAUCGCAAACUGCUGGGCGACAUCAACUGGGAAUAUACAGCGCCUCUGAUCGACUGUCUGCGCGGCUUCCUUCCGACCAGUGUUUGUGCAUUGCGGGCCAUCAAGUCGGACAUCUACUGCGGCCUCCCCAUCUGCACGGUGGAGUGGCUAACCGAGGAGGAUCCCCACUGGAUGAGGACAGGCAAGAAGGGCGUCAUCCAAGUGGCCAUAAUGCACAGACUCUCGGGGGAUGCACUGGUUGAAGACUUACAGUGCAAACACCACAGCAAACAAUGAUGUCUCGCACUCGUAUUAUUUGAUACAAUACAGCAGCACAUAAUACGUAUGCA